CAAAUGCUUCAGUCAGUUAUCAAAUUGAAAUGAGGUUCUGUGUGUGUUCUGUCUUUGAGGUCUGAGGGCAGCGUACGGAAAACUGUAGUGUCAAGCAUUUGUUCACUGUUUUAUCAUAAUGUGAGAGUCUCUACUUUUUAAGCGUGUUGUGAAUUAGUACUACGAGAAUCACACGAGAACAUAAACAUGAAGGACACCAAAGAGAGGACGAUGUCUGGCAGCAGCACAAUGCUGUGUAAUGAUUAUACGGCUGCUUUCAGCUCUAUAAAUGAAAGGCCGGUGGACGAUAUAUCUUUAGAAUUUUUUUAUAAACCACAUACUAUUACGUUGUUGGCAGUAUCGAUUGCAUCAGUAAUCUACACAGCAUUUGUAAGAGACGAAUCCAGUAUUCAGGACAAUAUAUGGUCAGGAAUUUGCUGCGUAGUAUUUUUUUUCCUCAUAGUAUCGGUUCUCACAUUUCCUAAUGGACCCUUUACAAGACCACAUCCAGCCGUUUGGAGAAUUGUAUUUGGCACAUCAGUGCUGUACCUGUUGGCACUUUUAUUUCUAUUAUUUCAAAGUUAUUCUACAGUCUAUGAAAUAAUGUAUUGGAUUGAUCCAAAUCUACGCAAUUUUCACAUUGAUAUGGAUAAGGAGUAUGCGGUGAAUUGUUCAGAUGUAAGCUUGGCGAAAGUUUGGUCUCAUGUAGACGUAUUUGCUUGGGGACACUUUUUAGGGUGGCUGUUUAAAGCCAUAUUAUUCAGGCAUGCAGGAUUAUUAUGGGCUAUUUCUAUAAUGUGGGAAAUAACCGAAAUAGCGUUUGCACAUCUGCUUCCUAACUUCUUAGAAUGUUGGUGGGAUUCGGUUAUCUUAGAUGUAUUAAUUUGCAAUGGUCUAGGAAUAUGGUGUGGGCUUAAGAUUUGUAAAGCCUUAGAAAUGAGAGAAUACAAGUGGGUCAGUAUAAGGGACAUUUCUUCAACUACUGGAAAGAUAAAGCGAGCGAUACUGCAAUUUACUCCUGUACAAUGGACACCAGUCCGAUGGUUGGAUCCUACAAGCACAUAUAUGAGAUUCUGUGCAUUGAGCCAGUUGGUGGUAUUUUGGCAAAUUUCUGAGUUGAAUACGUUUUUCCUAAAACAUAUAUUUGAGAUGCCACCUUCGCAUCCACUGGUCAUUGCGAGACUUUGUCUCAUAGGUGUCAUUGUGGCCCCGUCUGUAAGACAAUACUACACCUACGUAACGGAUCCGAACUGCAAGCGAGUUGGAACACAAUGUUGGGUUUAUGGAGCCAUCAUGGUCACGGAAUCUAUGUUGUGUAUUAAAAAUGGCAAAGAACUGUUUGGCCAAGCUCAAGUGUGCAAUGUGAUUGUUUGGCUAGUCAUUCAAAUUUUAGUGUCAAUCGGCUGUGUUUAUGGUGUAGUGCUCUAUCACAGAUAUUUUGAGCCAAAUAGUGACUCCAAUGCAGAGAGCCCAAAGAAAACAGACUAAAUAACCUAGACGUUGAAUAUAAGAAGAAAUUCAUCCAUCUGUGAUGUGAAUGGCUCUACAAUCAUUCAAAAAGUCAAAAUAGAGUAGUGUGCUUAGAUAAUUGUUUUGUGUGAGUGUGAUUAUAAAAUAAGAUAUAAAUUUUCUUA